AUGACCUUCCCUGGCACCAGUUUGAGAUAUGCCCGUGUGGACUUCGGCACUUCCAACGGUGUAACAGCUGCCCAUUCCCUCAAUGGACAGCCUUUCCAUGGAGUCCCUCUAACAGUGUCAGUGACUGACCCUGUAGCGGCUAAUGCCUCUGCCACUGCCGCGGCUCCCUUGCCUAACCUUGGUGUCCCAGCGGCUCAACAGCUGACCGCUUCAGUUACUAGUAUCCGCCCACAACCAGGCGUUGGAGUCACGACUGUUGGUGGAGGGGUGAGGGACUCAGGCGAGGAGAUGAUCUUGAAGAGGACGGUGUACGUAUCGGGACUGGCGAACCAAGUUACAUUAGAGGAAGUACAGGGAAUGUUCGGCCAUUUUGGGGAGAUCAAGGAAUCUUCCAUAGACGUGUCACCCUAUGACCAAUGCCAGUUUGCAUUGGUAGAGUUCCAGAAUGAGGCCGCGGCCCAG